AUGGGUCCGAAAAGAGGUAAAAAGGGCACUCCGUGGCCAGAACCACGGUUUGCAGAUGACCCUGAUAUACGCGCAUACGUAGCUGCAGCCAUCAAAGAUCUCGAGGCACUGAAGAAGCACCAAGAAGCACUGGAGAUUGGCAUGCCCCGUGAGCUCUCGACUUCCGUGGUUGACGCCGCAGCGGCUCGCGAAGGUCGAAUUACACGUGGAAAAGACGCAGAAAGAGGUAUCUCAGGCCUCUCGAGAGAUUACUACGACCAAAAGCAACACGAACCGCCUGGUGGAGGCAAUAUGCCACCCAACAUCCCCAGAGACACGUACGCGAAAAAUUCUCCAAGUGUCGAGGAUUAG